AUGUCUGCAACUUGCGGCGUUUGUGAGCAGGCUGUGCUGAAGAUAGACAGUAAAGUGGAGAAUGGUGGGAAGACUUACCACUCGAAGUGUUUCACGUGCGAGACUUGUGGGGAGAAGCUGGCAGGGAAACCCUUCUUCACCAUACACCACAAGCGCAUCUGCAAGCCAUGCUACACAAACACUAUGGCUCCCAAGUGUGAGGUAUGCAGUGACGUCAUCACAGGUGAGACAGUUACAACAGGAGACAAGAAGACCUACCACCCGAACUGUUUCCGAUGUGUCAACUGUGGCAAGAGUAUUAAGACCUCCUACCGCAUGAACAAAACCGGCAAGCCAGAACACUCCUACAAUUGCAUCCAGGAUGAGGAACCGGCGGCUGCAGCAGGCGGAGCAGAGGCAGGGGCGGAUGGUGCACCGGCUGCCUCAAGACAUGUGGACGGUUGCCGGGUGUGGAACUAUUUAUAA